AUGGCAGUUUGUGAUGCAUAUUACAAAUUUAUACUGGUAGAUAUAGGUACUGCAGGAUCAAACCAUGACAGUACCACUUUUAAAGAAAGUGGAUUUGGAAGUGCACUAUUAAAUGAACAAUUAGAUUUACCAGAACCACAAGUGUUACCCAAAACAAAUCAGAGUAUGGAGCAUUUUGUUGUAGCAGAUCAAGCCUUUCCUUUACAUAAAAGAAUUAUGAGGCCCUACCCAGGAUCAAAUUUGCCUCUAGACAAAAAAAUUUUUAAUUACAGAUUGUCUAGAGCUCGCAGAACAAUAGAAAACACUUGGUAUAUUGGUUCAAAGGUGGCGUAUAUUACGGAAACCAAUAAUUGCCAAUACUAUUAA